AUGGACGAGCCGUGGUGGGAAGGGCGCGUCGCCUCGGACGUGCACUGCGCCCUGCGCGAGAAGGAACUGAAGCUGCCUGCCUUCCGAGCCCACUCCCCGCUCCUGAAGAGCCGGCGGUUCUUUGUGGACAUCUUGACGCUGCUGAGCAGCCACUGCCAGCUCUGCCCCGCAGCCCGGCACCUGGCAGUCUACCUGCUGGACCACUUCCUGGAUCGCUACAACAUCACCACCUCCAAGCAGCUGUAUGCCGUGGCCGUCUCCUGCCUCCUGCUCGCAAGUAAAUUCGAGGACAAGGAAGACCACGUGCCCAAGCUGGAGCAGAUAAACAGUACGAGGAUCCUGAGCAGCCAGAACUUCAGCCUCACCAAGAAGGAGCUGCUGAGCACGGAGCUGCUGCUGCUGGCGGCCUUCAACUGGAACCUCUGCCUGCCCACGCCCGCCCACUUCCUGGACUACUACCUCCUGGCCUCCGUCAGCCAGAAGGACCAGCACUGCCACAGCUGGCCCACCACCUGCGCCCGCAAGACCAAAGAGUGCCUCAAGGAGUACGCCCACUACUUCCUAGAGGUCACCCUGCAAGACCAUAUUUUCUACAAAUUCCAGCCUUCUGUGAUCGCUGCGGCAUGCAUCGGGGCCUCUAGAAUUUGCCUUCAGCUGUCUCCCUACUGGACCAGAGACCUGCAGAGGAUCUCAAACUACUCCCUGGAACAUCUCAGCUCAUGCAUAGAAAUCCUGCUGGUAGCCUAUGACAAUGUCCUCAAGGAUGCCGUCGCGGUCAAGAGCCAGGCGUUGGCCAUGGUGCCCGGCACAUCCCCAGCCCCCACCCAGAUGCUGUUUCAGCCCCCCGCCUACCCCGCCCUCGGCCAGCCGACGCCCGUGGCCCUGGCCCAGUUCCAGACGCCCGUGCAGGACCUGUGCUUGGCCUAUCGGGACUCGCUGCAGGCCCACUGCUCCGGCAGCCUGCUCUCCGGGGGCACGAGUUCGUCCCUCCACUCCCCGUACCCUUCCCUCCAGCCUCUGGACGUGUGCCCCGUGCCCCUGCCGGCCUCGCUCAGCAUGCAGAUGGCCGUCACAGCCGAGCCCAGGCACUGCCUCGCCACCGCCUACAGGGGCAGCUACUUCAGUGGGAGCCACGCGUUCCCCACAGGCUGUUUCGACAGAUAG